GGAACAUUAGAGCGUGUAGAAAGGAGAUUUUGCUGUGUCCCACCCAUCUCAUGAAACAGAAUGUCUAGGAAAAAAAUUCAAGAUGAUGAUAUUUCCAUCAACAUCCCUGAUGGAGCUGAUUUUAAAAAUUUAUUGAAACUGUUUCAGAAAUUAGUUGACGAGACAGUUGCUCAGAAAAGGGAUGAAAGAUUGGGCUUGUAUAUAAAAGAUGCUGAUGAAAUUGAUUACGAUAAAUUCUUUGCUGAAGUCCAGAGGCUGUUUGGUACAGAUGUGAAACCACAAGAUGUUAAAACCUUCUAUAGGAAGAUUAGCAACAAUCCUGAUGGGCGGACGGAAUGGUGCGAGAUCUUUGGAUAUUAUAUACUGGAGGGUGAUGCUCUUGCUGCCCAGCUUGAUGAAGAAAAUAUGGUUUUCCUGGUAUCCAAAAAGCAGCGGAUUGCAAAAGCAGGAGUCAAGAGACGGGAUGUAAUAAAGUGCAUAGUGAAAGUACCACAGCUGGAUUUUCUAGUAACAGCAUCACAGAAAGGGAUGCUGUCCAUUUUCUCCAGCCAGAUGAGGAUCCUGACGAGCACAAGCAUUCCCGACACCUCCUGGAUUACUGGGUGUGAUUACCUCAGUCAGCUCAAGCGUGUUGUUGCUGUGACAGAAAGAACUAUCAUCAUCUGGGAUUAUAAAACACCGGGCACUGCCAUGGACAAUUGUUUUAUCAUCAAACCCAUGGAACAUUGCCUUAUUUGUGUUUGUGCCGUCCAGCGACCAGCAGAACUACUAGUGAAGGAUGACAUUUUACUGGGGGAUGACGCAGGAUACGUAAACAUGUAUACCAUGACCAGCGAUGACUUCGGCCUAAAGCAAACUAAAUCUAAAAAGAAACAAAUUAUAGUUAUCGAUUCUAGGAAAUUCAAAAGCAUAAGACGCAAGCUACAUGAGGACUGGGUUGUGAAAGUCAAAUUCUUUCCGGCCUUGAAUUGUUUUGGAUCCUGUUCUUUGGAUAGUGUUCAUUCUUUGGUUUUGGAUGACCUGAGAAGACUCGAAGACAACACACCUGUCAGGGAGUUCUCGGUACCAAGGGGAGUUAACGCUUUCACAUACUGUGGAAAAGCCAAUAUUGUUGUUACUGGGGGAGAUGAUAAAAUUCUUCGUUUGUGGCAUCCUAACAUCAAUACGAAGCCAGUGGGGAAGCUGAUGGGACAUUUAUUUAGCAUAACAGAGAUUGUCACCAAUGAAAAGGACCAGCACAUUAUUAGCCUUUCGACUGCAAAGAUUUUCAGAGUGUGGGAUAUCCAGACACUUUCACUGAUGCAGGUCUUCCACGAUUCCCAAGCAGGGCCUAGAGAGACACAAAUCUUUACUAUGGUAUUUGACAAUAACCAUGGCACACUUAUUACAGGAUCAGCUGUGAUUGAUAUUUAUCCUCUCACGCGAGUUAUACAAGACACGAAACAGGUUCCCCAGACGCACGAGAGGAGCAUCAAUGUGCUGAUUUACAACAAAGUCUUUCGCCAAAUUCUAACUAUCUGUUCUGAAUCAAUCGUAAAGGUCUGGGAACUGGAAACAGGCCAACAAAUAUACCAGAUUGAGGAUGCCCAUGGACCUAAUGUUGAGUUGACAUGUGCAGCAAUUGAUAAAAAUGGAUUCCACCUUGCCACUGGAGCAUGCGAUGGAACUGUGAAGACUUGGGAUUUUGGAAGUGGACAGCAACUUAAAGUUUUGCCUUUAACCAGGGAAAGCACAUUUAAUGAACACUGGCUGAUGCAAAUGGUUUACCUGAAGGCUAGUGGAAGUAGACAUGUCAUCCUGGUCUUGGAGUACAGUGGGACUAUCAAAAUUGUUCAGGGUAAUGAAGGUGAAGCCUAUCUAUGCAUUACUUGGGAGCUCCCUGAAGCAGUAUCACUUGCUCUACAAGGCAAUCCACUCAUGUCCCUAAAACUGAGUCCCAAUGCCAAGAAAAGUAAUGGAUUUUUUCCAGAUGUUCAGCUGCUGCUUGAUAAGGUGCCUGUGAAAAAAUCAAAGGAUGAGUUACCUCUGAAAAUAGAAGUGAAAUGCUUUGACCUGCUAAGAGUGGAAGGUUACAAUUUGUUAGCUACUGCAAGUGCAAAUGGCGCAAUCAUCAUGUGGGAUUUUGAAUCUGCCACUGCCAGGCACAUAUUUAAAGCUGCAAACACUGUCCAAGAAGAUGGAGAAGAAUUAUUAGGAAUCAACGGGUUACUGUUCCUCUACCGAAGUGCUGCCUCAGAGAGGAAACUUAGCGAGACUUCCACCGAAAGUUUCGACCCACUGAGUGAUGUCAACCCUACACAGGAGGUGGAAAGCAGCUUUGCAGUCAUGAAGAAGGUAUGUCCUUUGACGUUUGUACAGCAGCCCAAAACACUUGUAAGAAUGUUGUGCAUGAUAACAUUUAGAUUUGCUAAAAACUCAGACAAGACAGCAAAGCGUGAAGUGUUUAUCUCCAUAAAGGCAACAUGGGAGAGAAAGGAGUGUUACUAUAAUCAAUUAUGCUUUCUUUUAGAAGCAAAAUUUACAGGGUCACCCACCUUGGAGAACAAAACAAGGGGAUCUCCUUUAUUACAACCUCCAAAUCAGGAAACAGAACAUCAGUCAAGACCUAUACUUGCCUCUGGCCAUGAAGACGGUUUUAUUUAUCUCUGGACUAUAACGGGAGAUCUACUGAGAGAAAUUUUGCCUUUCACAAAACAUCCUCCAAUUCCUUUGACAGCACUGUGCACUGGUGUAUCUUCUAAAACACUUUUUGCCGCUAAUAAAGAGGGGCAUGUUAUACGGUGGCAUAUUGGCUCCUUCUUAGAAGAUCCACAGGAUACCAACAAGCAUAUAAAGCAACUAAUUUGCUGGAGAGCCCAUUCCGCCAAAAUAGUCAGCUUGUUCUAUGAAGAAGAAAAAUGCCUUGUGGUGACUGCUGGUAGUGAUAGUUCUGUCAGGCUCUGGCAUGCAACCGAUGGACACUACUUUGGUUACUUUGGUCAGCGCAGGUUGUUUGAACUUUUGGAAUCCACGGAUAUCAUUUUGCCCUGUGACGUGAAUGAAAUUCCCUUCAGCAUAAGAGACGACAGCAAAUAUAUGGAUAAAAAGCAGAAGUUUGAAUAUCCUCUGGUCCUUGACAGAGAGAAAUGGAAGACUCUGACCAGAAGCUCCUUGUCAUCGAAAAAGCCUGGCCCUUUCGAAGUUGAUCAAGAUUUCAAGUUUUUCAAAGCCCUGGCUUCUCCUAUGAUUAACAAAUACCCCCUGGAAAGUUUCAAAUCUGGCAACAAAGAUACUGGUGUUGUAUUUGGGUCUAUACCUAUAUACAGGGUUACAACUCCUCCGAAGAUUAAACCUAUUCCUACAAAGGAUCAGGAAGACUCUGUUGACAGUCUUCGCAGGAGAAGCAGAACUAUUUCCCAUUCACCAUCGCGUAUCAUCGCUGCAAAAGCUGCAAAAGCUGCAAAAACCCUUCAGGCCCCUCCUUUCUAA